CAAGGUUUUGCAAUUGGACGAAUAUACUUUACUAAUCCUUCUGCUAGUGAACUUUUUUACCUUCGGCUUCUUCUUACUACUGUACAUGGUUCACAGUCAUUUGACCACCUUAAAACUGUAGGCAAUAUAGUUCAUCCGACAUUUAAAAGCGCAUGUUUAGCUUUAGGGCUAUUAGAAACUGAUAGUGAAUGGAUUCAAUGUCUUGAGGAAGCUUCUGUUUUACGUACAAGCUCUCAAUUAAGAACACUCUUUGCUAUAAUACUUAUGCAUUGUGCACCUUCUCAUCCUGAACAAUUAUGGUUACGCUUCCAUGAAAUACUUCAUCAAUCUGGCCAAUCUCUAAAAGAAAAUCAAGAAUUUGCAUACUGGCUAUUAGAGGAAAAUGAUAAACUAUCCCUCCCAUACUAUAUGAAAAUAUUACCACAAAGUUUAGAAUCACUUAUAGGCUCUACUUAUCCUAACAUUCAUUUAACUGGAACAUUCCUUAACUUACUUCCGGGAAACCAACACACAUACAUUAGCGCUGAUAAUUCCAUAUCAGAAAAUGGUGCCAACAAUAAUAAUAUUUAUCCCACUGAAUUUUUAAAUUCCCUCAGCCCCAAAGGAUUACCACUUGCAAAACUUAACCUGAAAAUAGGCU